AUGGAGAGGAAAGUGACCAGUACUCGGAGUCAAGCUGCUCGUGACAGCUCCACUAAUGAUGUGAAUCAAUUUUCGGUGCUCGAUAAUGAUCCUGUGCCUCGACAUUUUGAUCAGAGUAGAGAUCCAUAUUAUAUUGGAAAUGGAGAUCAUCCAUCAGCAAGCUUAGUUCCUAAAAUCUUGACUGGGAGUGACAAUUACAAUGCUUGGAGAAGGUCAAUGAUUGUUGCUCUGUCAGCCAGAAACAAGAUCCAGUUCGUUAAUGGGAAGCUGCAACAACAAGAUGAAGAUCAUGAUAUCUGGAAUCGAUGCAAUGAUCUGGUAAUUUCUUGGCUUUUGCAUUCAAUUUCUAUUGAUAUUGCUGAUAGUUUUAUGUACAAAGAAAAUGCAGCAGAAAUUCGGGAUGAUUUGCAAGAGAGAGUUCAUCAGAAAAAUGCUCCAAGAGUUUUUGAAGCGAAAAGAUCGAUGCAAAUGCUAAGUCAGGGAUCUCUUGAUGUCACUGCUUAUUUCACACGAAGAAAGGCUUUAUGGGAUUUAAUACAACAGUAUCGUCCUAUACCUGCUUGUAAUUGUGGAGCAAUGAAAAUUGUUCAAGAAUAUCAAGAAGAGGACAAAGUGAUGGAAUUUUUAAUCGGAUUGAAUGAAUCUUAUGGAGCCGUGCGUUCUCAGAUCCUUAUGCAAGAUCCUCUACCAGCUGUGAAUAAAGCAUAUGCAUCUGUCAUCCAAGAGGAAAGACAAAGGAGUAUUACUGCGAUUCCCAACACUGUUGCUGAAAGUGAUAAAAAUGCAUCAGAGUCUUCUGGAGCUACUGGUGAUCAGUUUGCUGGAAGUGCCACUUUUAAUCGAUCUAAAGUGACUUGUCAUCACUGUGGUAUGCUUGGACACAUUAUGGAGGGACAAGCUUCAGGACAUGAUGGACAAAGUGGACAAUGCAAUGUGCCAAAUCAGGAUCUUAUUCAAAGUCUUACCAAUCAGUACCAACAGCUCAUGAGUCUCUUAUCUCAAAAACCUCAAGAAACUCCAAAAACUUCUCCAAGUUUAGAUCAGCCCUUGGUGUCUCAAUUUUCUGGUAAGAAUUUUCCUAUUUUGCAUAAUAGGUGGAUUAUAGACACAAGAGCUACACAUCAUGUGUGUCCUGAUUUAUCCUUGUUUACAAAUAUUAAGAAAAGUAUAUCUCUCUCUACUGUUAACCUUCCAAAUAAUGCUUGUGUGAGAGUUAAUUGUGUUGGAAAUAUUCAACUUUCACCUGAUAUUAUUCUUAUGAAUGUGCUUCAUGUUCCUGAUUUUAGAUACAAUCUAUUGUCUGCUCCUUCACUAAUCAAAUCUAUUGGAUGUCAUUUCAACUUCUCUCUUAAUCAUUGUAUUAUUCAGGACAGUAUGAAGACUCGAACGAUUGGGAUGGGUGAUCGAAAUGGGGAUCUGUACUACUUGAACUUGUCACAUAAUUCCAUUCCUGCUGCCAUUUUUUCUGUUAUUAGUGACUCUACUGUUGUUGAUGAUAAUGUUUGGCACUAUCGUUAG